AUUCAAACUGACGUAAGAAAGUUUGGUGCUCGACUUGACUCUGUUCGCCCUUCUUCAUCCCGGACCCCAGUCAGUCUCCGCUUCUGGGGCUUCGGGGUUGGGCAGGAGGAGGACGAAGAGAGAAUGGCGGCGGCGGUGGUGGCGGCGGCCCGGGUGUUGAAGCGCAAGGCUCCCCGCGGCUUCCUGAGGAGAUUCAUCAAGCGACGGAAACCUCAGCUAUUCCUCAAGUCUGGCGUCGAGCUGUGGGUACACUUGAACUGUUUACUGUUUCUUCAUCGAUUAGCAGAAGAAACCAGGAUGCAGGCUUUUCAGAACAAGAGUAAGAUAAUUAAGGACAAGCAUCUUAUUGCUGCAGCAAAGGUGAUUUUAAAGAAGAGUAGGGGUUAGAGCCUAAAGACUGUAUCAUUUGAAACUGUGUUAUCUCAUUAAAUGUUAAUAAAGUAGUGUGCUUUUUAAUACCUCUUUAAAAUAUGGAACAUUAACUACAUAUGUUGGGCAAGUUUUUGUACUGCUGGUGUCGAAUUUGUAUCAUAGGUAUAUUCAUUUAUUCAUUCUACAAAUGUUUAUUAAAUACUUCGACUGUGUUAUUUCUUAGUGAAAGUACAAAGAUAAAUAGAACAUAGCUGUUUUCAUAAUUGGCACAAAAGCUUCUCAGUGUACUUGUGGCCUACUUGUGGUAAUGACAGGCACACAAAUAUGCAAAUAAAGUAUUAUAA